AUGACCUUAAGACCGGACAACAGGGAAUCAAAGUUGGGAUCCAACACGGCUCUGUUGAGAACGCUCAAGUACACGGUGGUAGCAGCUAUGGUGAUUCACGUAACAUCAUGCGGAUGGUAUUAUCUAGCUUGUACGGGAUGGCAUGGGGAUGAGACACCCUCCUGUCAAAAUGGAUCGUGGGCUUUAUCAUUCAACUUCGGUCAAGACUUGGACCAAGCAUCAACUGGAGAUUCAUACGUUAUUUCACUGUACUGGUCUGUUGCAACGGCGACAUCAACUGGAUAUGGUGACAUAAGUGCUGUGAAUGAGAAGGAGAAAUGGUUUUCAAUCGGUGCUAUGUUGCUUGGAAUCGUUGUUUUCUUCGGUAUGAUACUCGGUGGUAUGGCAUCCAUGUUGACCAACUUUGACGCACAGAGGGCACGCUACACACAUCGUUUCAACGUCAUAAAGGAUUCGCUUAAAGACCAAAGUGUUCCUGAAGAUCUACAGAAGCAAGUGAUAGGUUACUACGAGUACCUGUGGGUCAGAAAGAAAGGUGUGACAGACGACAGUCUGAUCAACGCUCUACCACUUACCUUCCAUGCUGAGGUCUCACUCAGUGGGAACAAGUACAUUCUAGACAAGGCACCCAUGUUCCAAGGGCUGAAUGACGGGUUUCUGCGCAUGCUCUCUCUGGAGAUCAAGCCAUCGCUGUACCUGCCGCGGCAAAAAAUAGCGGGAAGAAACGAGAUUUGCCAUGACAUGUACUUUAUACAGAGAGGAGAAAUUGAGGUUCUUUCAGCUGAUGAUGAUGACACACCCAUUGCGAGACUCAAUCAUGGAAAACUCUUUGGAGAAGUUAGUCUUAUCUUCAGCAUGCCCAGAACAAACACUAUCCGAGCUGCUGCUCACUGCGACCUGUUAGUCUUGGACAAGGGUGACUUACAAAAUGUUCUCCUACAUUACCCUGAAGUUGCCAAGAAGUUGCAGGAUAUCGCAGAUCAACGAUGCGAUGCAGCAGGUCUUCUUGAAGAACGUGUACGGGCUGGCGAAGGCAUCAUUCCUGCUUCCAAGAGCCUCUCAAGACAUGGUAACCCACAAAACAAACAUGACGCUGGAUAUCCACUCAAUUCCUAUGAAGCUUUUGACAUGGAAGAUGUAGAAUCAGAAUGGGUAACUGUGCACAGAGGAUCGGUAGUCAUGCACAGCCCGGCUCGGAUGACACCAUCGCGUACUGGACGUCAUUUACGUAUCUUAUGGGAUGACAUUCAAUCUCUGAUCACAGACACAGUGGUUCUACCAAACUCACGAUUCGCUAGGCUCUGGGAGCUUCUUGUUCUUCUUGUCACUCUCAUCAUCGCCUUCCUAUACCCCUACUGCGCCAGCUUCAUCGCCAACCAGAAUCGAAAUGAUGAAGGAACAGAAAACCUGAUUCUCCUCACACACAUGUAUCUCAUGGACUUCGUGCUCGUCAUUGAUAUCGUAGUAAGACUGCGAACGGCUGUCACUACGCCAAACGGUACAUUCAAGGAUUUCCAUUACAUUCGGGACCAUUACGUACGGAGCUGGGGUUUUGUUGCCGAUGUGGUGGCCAUCCUUCCUCUUGAUCUGUUCUGUCUCCUCCUACCCGUUGGAAUCAAACGAACACACGCCCUCUAUCUACUCGCUCUAAACAGGCUUAUCAAGUGCUGGCGGGUUCCAAACUACCUGCAGAACUUGGAGCAGAACCUUGACGUCAACAUUGGAACCAUCCGAUUCUUCAAAUUUGUCAUCUACAUUGCUCUUCUCUCCCACUGGAGUGCCUGUCUAUGGUACCUCUUCGCAUGCCCGUCCGGCAACUGUCAAGUGGACAUGUUCAAAAGCGAUGCACAUUUCGUGUUCAACAGUAAGGGGUCGACGAGCGACGACAGUGCGCAGGCCGCUCCAGUCGCCGACCCGGCGGAGGCGGAGGUUUUCACUCUGGCGUCCCACGAGUACAUUCAAUCGCUAUACUGGGCCGCGGCUACGAUGACUUCUACGGGCUACGGAGACAUCAGCGCGCAUUCGACCAUCGGCCGCGCCAUCGCCCUGGCUGCGAUGCUUGUUGGACUCCUCCUCUACGGCUAUUGCCUCUCAUCCAUCGCUGCUACACUGGCAAACUCAGAUGCUCCCAGAGUGGGCUUCCAGGAGAAGCUGUUUGCCGUGCAGGAUUUCAUGAAGAAACACAAUCUGAACCUAGAUCUACAACAGAGGGUUAUCAACUAUCUCAGUCUUGUCUUUAGAAGACACAGAGGAGAAGCGAUCCCGGGUGGAGAGCGUGUGAUGCAUGAUAUGCCUAUUCAGCUUCAGCAGGAUAUCGCAUACCAAGAUGUACAUGAGACACUUAGCAAGGUGCCACUGUUCAAGGAGUGUGACUCCAACUUCCUACGCAUGCUUGCAUUGAAGCUCCAUGUAUUCAUCUUCAUGCCUGGUGAUGUGGUUGUUUAUCAGGGGGAUAUGGGCCGCGAGAUGUACUUCAUUAGAAGAGGUACCUGUGAGGUUUUGUCCAAAGACGGCAACCGUGUGAUGAGCAAUAUUGGACCUGGCCAGUACUUUGGCGAGGUGGGCCUAAUCUUUGGGGACUACCGCACGGCCACGGUGCGUGCAGCAUCUUACUGUGAGUUGUUGAUGCUGAAGCGAGUGGAUCUUGACCAGGUGCUCAAGUUUUUCCCUCUGAUUGAGAAGCAAUUCUCGGAUGCUGCCAGGAAUCAAGGCCAUCUGAGAGAGCUUAGAGAUGCAUCCAAAGAGAAGAAAGCAGACCCGUUUGUUGCUGGUACUGUGUUGCAGCCUGAAGAUGAAGACGAUACUGAAGACAUGUCUCUCUACCCUGCUGCCACGUCCCUCCGACCUGUCGAUAUCUCUAUCAAGGUCUUUGACAAGAAAAGUGAAGAUUUCCAGGAACCCUUUCAGGAGAUCAGCCUGCUGAGUCGUCUAUUUGCCAAACUUCUCAUGAGUCGUGCUUUCAUCCCGAACGGAACAUGCUUCAAGCGUUGGGAAGCCAUCCGAGUUGCUGUGGCGAUCCUAGCUGCCUUCACAGUGACCCUCCAAGCAGCUUUUCUUCACAUGAACAUCGGCCUGUGGGUUGUCAACUACGCCCUAGAUUUCAUCUGCUUUGUUGACAUGUACCUGAAAUUCCAUACUGCAUUCUACAAUGAAAACAAUGUACUGGUCACUCACCCAUUGUCUACUGCCAAGCACUAUCUAAGAACCAACUUCCUGAUUGAUGUCCUUGCUUGCUUCCCAACGGAGCUCAUAGCUUAUGCCGUCAUUGGAAAUUUCUCUCAGGAAGCAAUUCAUGUGUAUGCCUUGGUCAGAAUCAACAGGCUUCUUCAGCUUUACAGAGUGCCACUUGCCUUCAACUACUUGGAGUCCGACGUCCAGAACUUGACAGGAAACAUCAGAAUGAUGAAGUUCUUCUUCUACAUGGUCCUAUUCAUUCACAUGCUGGCGUGUAUGUGGUACAUGAAUGCUUGUCCACCUGUCUUCAAGUACCCUAUCACCAGUGAUACAUUCAGUGGCUUCAUCAACACCAACUUCCACCGCUGCAAGAACAACUCCUGGACAUCCAAAACAGAUACUAGUUUCUACAAUCAAUCGAUUGCUGCCCAAUAUGUGACCAGUAUGUACUGGGCAUCAGCCACCGGAGCCUCAGUAGGAUAUGGAGAUAUCCAUGCCAACAAUGUAUCAGAGAUGAUCUUGGCCCUCUUCUCCAUGAUCGUUGGUAUUGUCUUUUUCGGGUACAUCAUAGCUAGCGUAGCAGCCAGCUUGGCCAACGCAGACGCCCAGAGAGCACGAUACCAGGAGAAGCUUACAGCCAUCAAGAGAUACCUCAAGGACCAGGCUGUUGAGAAAUCCUUGGCGCAGCACGUUGACGUCUACUACAACUACAUGUGGCUCAGGACCAAGGGUGUGGAACCGGACUCCCUGUUUGAUGGACUUCCUCUGGCUCUCAAAGCUGAUGUCUCCCUUGACCUCUAUCAAGGGAUCAUCAACAAGGUACCAUUGUUCCAGAACACAGAGAUAGGCUUUCAAAAGAUGUUGGCAAUGUGCAUCAAGCCAGUCUACUACCUCAACAGGGAAUACAUCGUACGCAAACAUGACUUUGGAAAAGAAAUGUUCUUCAUCCAUCGUGGUGUUGUUGAGGUUGUCUCUGAAGAUGGAUCAAUUGUCUUUGAUACAAUGCAAUCUGGUAGAUUCUUUGGUGAAAUCAGUCUGGUCUUCAGUUGUCCAAGAACUGCCUCCAUCAGGGCAGAGAACAAUGUGGACAUGUUUGUGCUGAACAAGGAAGAUCUAGAUGAGGUACUGACCCACUACCCAUCCAUCAAGGAUCAGAUCAACAAGGUUGCUGAGGAGAGGAUCACUGCUGUACGCAAGAGAAGCGAGGCCAAAGUUGACCAGGCAAGCAAUACCCCAAACAACAGCAAUAACAACAGCAUCAAGGGUAGUAGCUUCAACAGCAUUGAGAAGUCUGAAAACUCUACAGCCAGCGCAAGCAGCAGCAGCCACCCAUCAUCCUCUUCUACUGCCGACAACGCCAGCAGCCAGACCCGACCGGAGGACGGACAUUCCACCGGCACCGCAGCAGCUGCCAGUGAUAACAGGAGUGAGCCGGAGAGUCCCAGCGUCAGCAGCACGGCAGCCACGACGCCAACGUCUACUAGUCCACCUCCACCCCCUGGUGAAGCACCCAUGAAGCCGGCCCGUCAGAUCCCACAGCCCAAUGCCAAUAACAAUGCCAGCACUGCGGAAGGUAGUGGUAAUAACAACAACCAAGGAGGAAAUAAUGCCUCCAACACGCAGUCUGAUCCAUCGGCUCCUGACAGCUCCUCCUCUACGACCCAUGUACCAACUCGCUACCCCAUGCCGUUCUGCUGCAUCAGACGUGAUAAGAACUACCUAGAGGCACUUCUCCAUGCCAACCGCUUUGUUCUGAACCCUGACAGCCCUGUGGUGCGUAAUCUGGCCAGACUGACAUGUUGUCUAGCUGUAGCGACUUCUUGGACCAUCAUGUACCAGGCUUUCUACCAGGUCCAGAGCAUGCCUUUCCUCAUCUUUAGCUAUGUCUGUGAAUGUGUCUUCAUCUUUGAGAUCUACAUCAAGUUCCAUGUCAGCAAUGCAGACGAAUAUGGCGCCCUCGAGAAAGACUUCAGCAAGAUAUACAAAAGCUACUUACGCAAGUGGAGUGGUUUUGCCCAAGACCUGAUACCUACGCUUCCCAUAGAACUCUUUGCGUUCCUGGCCCAGGGGGAUAAGCACUUUGCAGUACUGUCUUUCCUGAGGUUCCGGCAGGUUAUACGUCUGAUGCGUGUGUCACAGUUCUUUGAUAGAUGGGAACAGGAACUUAAUAUCAAUAUCCUGAAAGUGAGAUUAACCAAGUUCUUUGUUUUACUGCUGAUCAUCAUUCAUCUGUUUGCUAGCAUCUGGUACACCAUAGCAUGUCCUCUUGGUGUUUGCAAAGAAGGCUCAUGGGCUACUAAGAUGGGUUACAGAGGGAAUGAACCAUACAUCUUCUAUCGUUACUGUGAUACUAUCUACUGGGCUGUGGCUACUUUGACAUCAACGGGGUAUGGUGACAUACAUGCGUACAGUGUUCCUGAGCUAAUAUUUGCAAGUAUGGUGAUGGUGUUUGGAAAGCUACUCUUUGGUUGGGUGCUCGGAAACAUCGCCUCCACCCUCGCAAACGAAGAGUCGGGACGAGUCAGCUAUGAAGAGAGACUUGCAGCGGUGAAGGACCAAAUGAAAGACAUGAGAUUGAACAGCAAGUUGAGGAAUCGAGUUAUUAGCUAUUUUGAUUAUCUAUGGGCACGUAACAAGGGUAUAGAUCAAAGUAUUCUCUUCAGAGAUGCCCCAUUCUGUCUGCAGACUGAUCUAGGUCUGGAUGUUGCUGGCGAACAUCUACAGAAGGUGGCUCUUUUCCGAGAGGCUGACGAAGCAUUCCUGCGUGCUCUUUCCCUCAUGCUCAAACCUGUUCUCUUUAUGCCUAAUGAUCUCAUCGUAAGACAGGGAGAUGUUGGAGAUGAAAUGUACUUCAUCUGUAGAGGAGUGGUUGAAGAGCUAGAAGUCAACAGCCAUUCACGUGUUGCCCGAGUUUUAGAGUCUGGCGAAUUCCUGGAUGACAUUAACCUCCUUUACGACGUACCACGGCGAACUUCAUACAGAGGCCGAACCCACGUUGAUGUUCUCUCACUGUCGGUGCACGAUUUGAAAUCAGUGCUGGAGCAGUAUCCGCAGGUCGAAGCACAGAUUCGUCGGAUUGGAAAAGAGCUUUAUGGUGACUACGCCAACAGUGUCAAUGCCCAGGAGAACUUCCCUGCCAAGCAAACUGAAGUCUAAAUAAUGAACAGAAAAGCUAUUAGCUCUGCUUCUGAAAGCAGAGCGUCCGUUUCACCCAAAGUAUUAAACGUUGGUGACAAGGGAUGAACUGUCUGCUGGCAGGUGACGAGUAAGGUGUGAGCGAAAGAGAUAAUAAGAAAGAAAAACUUGCAUAUUUAUAGCCAAUUGUGGCCUAAAUACGAUGUUUCUUUUAGACAUAUAUUAUGCAAUUGUGUGCAUUGUAUGAUGGUGUGUAUUCCUAAUAAUUCUGUAGUGAACACAGUGAAUAGAUAGAUUAGAAAACUGAUAAUGCAUCUCUAUACCCAACUGGUGUGAAUAUGUAUGACAUAUCUAUCAAAACAAAGUGCUUGAUGACCCCAAAAUUCACAUAUUCAUGGAAUACAUGUACUUAUUUUCCUUGAAUUCUGAACUAAAGCGAAACUUGCAUACAUCUAUGCAAAGACAAUCGGAUGACUGGAAACGAGCUGAAAUGUAUGCAAUUACACAGUCAUUUUCAAAGCCCACUUCGUGAUUGUUUGUGAUGCCAAGUGUGAAAUGUUGAGUGAGCUAUCAAUUUUACAGUAAUAUUCUAUGACGCAUUUAUUCCUGUAGGUUGCGAUAGCGCAGUACUAGAGUUUUUCAACUCAACAAUUAGGUGUUCAUGUUUGUGUAUGCAAUGCAUACUUGUGCCAAAUGAUUCAAGGUUAUUUAUGACUAGGCUAUUUUGUCGCCCAAACUGAGCAAAUUUGGCAGCUCGAUAAGGUUUGUCUCUUAUAUCUUGUAUAUUAUAUAAUGAUUUGUUCAUACACGUAUAUCACAAAUAAUUCUAAACCAUCAUGAAAUGACUGUGCAAGACUUAUUCAUAUAUUAUAACAGGGUCCUUUCUUGUAUCUAAAAAUAUGUAGAAAGAAAUCAAAAUAUUGAACAUGUCGAAUCAAUGUACAUCUUGCAGAAAAUCAUAUGAAAAAUCUACCAUCUGGUUUCUACCUUUUUUCAUUUCGUCUAUAAUUUGCUUUUUUCACUGAUCGUGGCAAAACAUGAUUUUUAUUUCUAUAUAUUCAACUGACUUUUCUUUAAGGAAAUUACUCUUUUUUCCUAAGUAGACAUUUUGUUUGCCACAAAUUGAUGUUAUUACUUUAUAAUCACAUUUUCUUAAUCAGAAUAUUCCAUUCUGGUGGAUACGGUAUUCAAAUUGUAUAUCUCGUCCAUACAUUAUACAACAUAUGUAAACACUACCUAUAGAAUUCAUGAUUAUAAUGAAUAUCCAUUAGUUGGCUGAAUAUUUUUAUUUUAUCGUAUUUUAAAUGAUUUGCUUCAACUUUAUCCUCAUCGGAAUUGAAAUGAUGUAACUUAAUCGAAAUACUCUAUUUAUUGUUGUUACCAUGCAUUGCAACAGAAAUUUCUCUGAAUUCCUUACUCUGAGUAAAAAAAAAACACAAAAAAGUCUAUCAAAUGUAUGAAUUUAACUGAUAAAUCUUAUGUAUAACGUGAUGUAUUUGAAUGCUUAACUAGAAGAUGAUUGCGUGUGUAUAUAUAUGAAUAUUUCAAACCUGUAUAUAACAUUUUUCAUACUGUUUUUUCAGAGUUGUUGCUUUUUAAUUUUGAUUUUAUCAAGCAGUUUCAUGUUCUGUCGUUUUACUUCUUUAAUUUAAGCUAUGCGUAUUGGGUUAUGGUGAAUGAUGAGUAUAUUAUAUUGUAUGUAUCCAUUUAUUUUCUUCCUCCAAGAACCUCACAUCAAAUGAUGUUAAUUUCUCUAGAGAUCUAAAUCGUUAAACAUCAAUGAUCUUCAGUAAAUGGACAGUGAUAUAGGUUAUAAAGAAUUUGAUUCAUUUGGACAAUUAAUGUAUUGAGAAAUGUUAUUAAAUCUACUUUGCUUGGGACGUGUUUAUGAUGAUUGUCCAGAGAAAUUCUGAAUUAUUUUAUCUUCUUGAAAUUUAGAGAUGAAAUUUAGUUUGUGUAUUAUGCCAGAGAAGAUUUGUCAUUUAUAUUGUUAUAACAAACAGUUGCUUUGGUGAGGGAUCUUCUUAGAAAUGCCAGUUAAAGUAUUUCAUUCUUUCAGUCUGCAAAGGUGUAUUUAUCUUCCUAAAGUUAUAUUUCAUUAAACUACAAUUGCUUCUUGUCAAUGUAUUGUUUUCUCGAUUCAAAUUGUAACACCAGCAAUAAUGUUUCCUUUCUGUGUGGUCUCAUGUUUCAGUUUCUAUGUGUUAUUAUUGUAAUUUCUUCUGCAUAAUUAUGUUUGAACCAGUACUGCUUUACUUGUCAUAAUUCUAAAUUAUACAUAGGACAUACAGUAUCAUAGAUGUAGAUUUUCUUGCCAACCCCUGAAAAUGGGGAACAUUAUAUUCAUCAUUGUAGAUAUUCGUCAUUUUGAAGAAAUAUGAAUUGUAUAAACAUGUAGCAUCAUUCAUUACUAUUCCAAAUCACCCGAGGCUGUACCUGUUGUGAAAUAGAGUAUAAUCACCACCCCCUCAAACUAUACCUCUCCUUUUGUCAAUAUCACUGAUAUGAUUUUCUUUCUUUACAAACAGACUUUUCUAAUCACUCUUGAAGCCAAAAUCGUUAAGGCAAAGUUUGAUAAUAAGUGUAUUAAAGUAAAUAUUUGAGUAGACAGCUGAAAAACAAUAUCCUAUGUCAUUUGCAGAACUGUCAUGCACACAACAUACAGAUGAAGUUGAUAGUAAAGAUCUUAACAGUCCAAAUUUCACAGAGGAGUUUGUCUUUAACCAUUAUUUGGUUUAAAGAAUAAAGGGACAUUAAAUUACGUCUAUCAUACACUUUCUUUCAAUCAUUGCCUACAGGAAGCACAUGGUUCCUGUAAAAAAGUCAAUGGGAUUUUGAGAAUUCUGCAUCUAAUGGCUUAAGCUUGUGCAUUGCUAAUUAUAGCCUUUUUACUCCUGUUUUAGUGUGUGUAUGGAGAGGAAUUCGUCUUUUGUCAAUAAUUUGGACCAAUUAGUCUUCAGUUACCCAAAACUAUACAUCUUUUGAUUUUUUUUUGGUGAUAUUAUAGUUCUGAAAUAUUUGGGCCAGAGAAAAUUGGUUUUAAGGAUUAUUAUUCUUGUACUGUUUCAUAAAAUAUACUCCCCUUUUCUACCAUUUUAUAUUUCAUUGGCAUUGUACUAUUUUUUUGAACUGGCACAUAAUACGUUAUCUGCCUUGCGUUGAGAAAAGGAAUAUGGUAUGCACAAGAACAUGAGAAAUAUCUCCUAAUUAUGAUUUGCCCUUCAAAAUAUAAUUCAAUUCCCUUUUCCUCCUUUUUUGUCUUUAUUUUCUUUUUUUUAAUUUCUCUCUUAUAGCUAAUUCUAGCCAGACCCUUUUUCACCUUCAUGCAUAAUGUAUUCAUAUAUUUCAUUAAUUCUUUUUCAUCAGGGUGAGAACUGGAGUUUUGAGUGUAUUAUCUAUUCACAAUAAUUAUUAUAGAAGAAAGCCAAAAACAUCAAGCCAGUGUAUUAGUCUCUUUCACCAGCUGUUUCCUUUUCUCAAAGUUAGGCAGAUACUUCUCAGACAAAAAAAAAUGGUAGUCUUAUCAUGAAAGACGUUAAAACAGGGUGCCCUAAUCUCUCAUUUGUGUGUAUUACCGAUCCUUCCCUCUUGGAAUAUGCUUAUUCUUGAUCUAGUUAUCUUCUGCUUGUAUGAUCUUGUCUAUAUCAACUGUCAAUAGAGUUUUUACCUUGUAUAUAUUAGUGUAUAAAGGAAAUCAAUUUGUUAAUCAUAUAUCAGUUGUGCUAAGUUGUGGACUUUCAAAAAGAGUAGUUCAAAAUAAAGAGAUCUUAUCUUAUUUGUGUUGCCAAUCUUAUAUAUGCAAGCAUUUCUGAUGGUUUUUCAUGUUUAGAUGAUGAUAAUCAAAUUAUGAUAUAUUGGAACUUACCUGGGACAUUAUAGUUAUCAAAAUUGGGCAAGAGAAGCCAAGUCGCAUUUCCUGUAGUAAAUGGCAGUAUUGAUUGCCUGACAUGUCUUCUUGUAAGAUAAAUGGUCAGGAAAUCUGGCCCUGUCUUACAAAGAGUAGUGAUUGAUCCAAUUUAGUUUAACUAUGGAAAGCCAGCGACCCUAACAUCUAGAAUGCAUAUGCUUAUUGCUUUUCUAAGUAGGAUGAAUGCUUAUGCUAGAUUCAAUUUGUAUGCAUGUGUCUUGCUUCUCAGGCUAUGAAGUAGAAAUUUAUUAUGCCAAAGAAACCUAAUUAUCAACACAGAAUUAUCCCUAUUGCUUAACACGUAGAGUAACAACCUUGUUUCUUGCAGACAUCUAUUAUGCAGUGAAAAUAGGUUUUAGGCACUAGGCAUUAAGACUCUUGCAACUUACGUUAUCUUUUAUUUGUGUGUAUGAAAUGACUGUAGCUGGUUUUAUCCCCCUGAUCUAAUUUUUGCAAGGCAGCUCAACCAAUCUACUGCCCCUAAUUUGAAAUUGUACUUUCAUGCGCAUGAAUUGAGGAAAAUAUAUAUGUUAAUAUACAUUAUCUUUCCUUUAAGAGUUCUUUGUAAUCAAGAAUAACUGCCAAGUUUUAUGACUUGACUCAUAAACAUUAAUCAGGCAAUUUGAAGUAGUUUAUAAAUGAUAUUUCAUAAAUUGAUAAGUAAUGAUAUUUGGCAAUAUCACAAAGGUCAAGGAUCCACAAUUAUCUGAUCUGUGCUAUUUGAUGUUCUUCAAGUGGCUUGGACCCUUUCCUAUGGUAGACAAUUGAUUUAUUCAAUGAUAAGCCUGUGAUAGUUAGGCACACUUACAUGCGCAUUGUAACCAAAUAAAUUUGUCAUAAGCUUUCAAAACAUAACUGUAAAGCAUAAAAUUGCCUAACUGUAGAGUUAAUUAGUAUUCUAACAGGUUGUUGAAUUUAUUGUAAAUGAAGGGGCACAUUUUAUAAAGAGUUACAAUGUUAACUUUCUUAUAAUGGCGACUACCAUGGUAACCGGGCACAA